UGCGGCGUCACCAUGCCCGACUAUCGUCGAACGAGACUGUACCGGGUGAGCGGUCACGCCGUCAGCGGCGUCAACUGGAGGCCCACCCGGUUUGCCGAAGACGUUCCGCAGGCUCACGUGUGUUGCGUGUGCGGAACGAUUCCUGCGAGCACGGUGCUGCUUCCCUGCGCACACUUACUGUGCCAACCGUGCCUAGAAGGCAGCGCCGGUCAAGGGACCGGCUCGUUGUGUCCCAUAGACCAAGAGCCUUUCGAUGAUCACGAAUGUCACGUGAUUCCUACGCCCACCAGGAAGGCAAGCCGCCUCAAGGCUCACUGCUGGAAUGAAGCCGCGGGCUGUGGAUUCGUGGGUCCUUUGGAAGCUGUCUUGCUGCACUUCGAGCAAGACUGCUGCUUUCACGUGAUCGAGUGCCUGCGGUGUGACGAGACAGUGUUGCACAAAGACCUACCGGCACACUACGUCACCGCCUGCCUCGCCGAGACCGCCUCAGCAAGCACGGAGCAACCAGCCUCGCAAGGUAACGCGCUGACCAGCGAAGACUUUAACACUGCGGUGAGUGACCUGAAGAGGCUACUCAUCAACCCACACCACGACCAACUGCCAGCCAUGCAGUCUCAGGUCAACGAACUCGUGGAAAACUCGAAGAUGCAGGGAACGCGGAUGCUCGAAAUCGCCCGCUCAAUCGAAGAUUUCCAAGGAACGCUGAGAGACGAGCUGACCCGACUUGUUGAUGGUAUGUCGUCGAUGUCAUCGCUCUUGGAAAGUCUACGGUCAGAUGAGCACCAGCGUGACUCAUCAAAACAGGAACAGUUCCAGAAGAGCGGUAUGGAUUCUGACAGAGCAGUCGCUCAAGACUCCAUGCCUUGGAACCUGGAGAAGAAGGUUAUCCUUCGCAAGUUGGAAGUCCUGUUCCACGCGAACAUUGCCUCCUUCGAAGACGUGCGUCAGGGAAUGCAUGCAGGCAAGCGGACGCCUACCGUUUCUUGCAGGCCGGUGGGGCCAUCGUUUUGUCACGUGAUGAACAGGACACUGACCAGUUCACUUCGCCGUGGAGGAGAGUGGGAACGCGCGACGUACCUGGUGACCGUCAGAAAUGCCUCCGAGUUAUUGGCCCGUCCAGGACCGUGUCGCAAGUUCGCAGCUGUAACUCAGUGCCACUGUCGGGACACGUACUUCGUAAUCUACUUCUCAUCUGGAAAGAGAAGUGGAGUUGAGUGUUUGAUACUCAGUAUCGAGUGUGGCGGCUUUCUGGAAUCAUCGCACCUGGUGUCGGGAGCGUUCAACGUGUCGGUGCUUCACGAUGAACAAGAUAAGGAUCGCCCCAUGCAGAAACUAUUAUCGGGAUUUCCGUUUACUGGCUUGCACUUCAAGACUGAGCUGCUCACGUUGAAGUCGGAGGGUUUCCUCCGAGACGAUGAACUGAAGUUUCAGGUUGCGAUUGGUCAGUAACUGUGGCCCUUGGACCAGGCUCUUCUAUUCCGACGUAUGGAUAAGCGGUCUUCAAUUCCUCAAAAAUGAGAGCCCUGCUUGCGGAAUGAGUAGCUAGGAGAGCAGUCAAUCCGAGACUGAACGUUUACUACAGAAGCCUCUACGCAAUUCGAUGCGGAUAUGAGACACACACUCAAACAAUGACCAAUAGAUAUAUAGUUGAAAUUUAAGCUCAAGUUAGAACUGUUGCUCGGCUGCUGAAAAGAAGGUCGCGGGUUCGAUCCGGGCCGCGGUAAUCGCCUUUUAGAUGGCGACGAGAAUGCUAGAGGCCCGUGCACUUAGGUGCACGUUAAAGAAACCCAAGCUGUCUAAAUUGCUAGAGCCCUCCACUACGGCGUGCCUCAUAAUCAUAUCCUGGUUUUGGCACAUAAAACCCCAGCAAUAGUUGUUAUUAAGCGAGAACUAUGUAUUUAUCAGGAAUGAUGGUAGUUUUACAUUCAUACGACGAGUAAAUUAUGGAUCUUCAAAUAUGUGACUGAUCUUCAGAGACAGUAUUAGUGAUCACAUCUUGUGGCAAUACAUUUCUGCUGUACAAGGUAUCCCGGAAGUUUCAGAAAGGGUGCAAAAGAGCAUUUAUGUGUUUUCAUGUGCUAAAUUGUUUUGUUGAUACAUUUUAAGGAAACCAUAGUAUCAAUUCUUGCGAAGUGAAAAGUGCGCCAUGCUAGAGCCGGGAAGGGCCCGUUUGCUGCGACACUGGUCGCAGGAUAGGCACGCCCGUUACACAGAACACACAGUGAACUACAUAGAACCCUUAUUCUAAGCGAAGCGACAUUGAUAACGCACUUAAUAGACAUUUCGCUUCCGCUAUGAUCACUCAGUACCCACUGUAGGUUCCACGUUUAUCGUAUUAUCUCAACGUUUGCACUUUUCUUCUUAGAUCCUAGUUCUUUGUUGUGCAUAGGUUCAUUCUGUCAUAGCAUGUAACCGGGCCGGGUUCACAUUCCAUUGGCCCUUAAAGAUUAAAGCUAGCAAAUGAAAAGAUAUCGCAAGCUCUUGCUUCGACGUAAACCGCAGGGCAUUGACGUAAACAGCAGGGAGAUAAGGUAUCAAUCAAAUAGUACAAAAGAUAAGAGGCAUCACUCCCCUGACGAACCAAGGCACCGACCCGCGUCUGCCAUGUAGCCGUGGCGGUACCCUCACUGACCUUUCACUGCAAAGCCGUUGCGCAAGAUUGUUAGAUGCGAAACAUCUUAUGGCGAAGUUCAAUCCAGUGGUGGUGUGCGGCGUGACCACCCUUACUGCGCAUGCGCAAAUCCUCUCCACACACCUCCUCUCUAAACAUCGCCUCUCAACUCCCCCGCUCCCCCUCUCCACUCCCCCUCUGAAACGCGGGCUCGACAUGGCGAAACGCUGCUUCGCAUUGCCUCAUGAUCCCCUUUAGCGGGAGAUGGUGUAAUUUUUAACUCCCUUGCAAUUCCCGACAGCCAACUCCGCUUUGUCUCUUUGCGGCUUUCGGGUGCGUUACUAAUGCCGGCGCAGGGCAUUCGAAAUUUCGAAUGCAGUUUUGCGUUUCAAAUGGGAUGAUUAGUCAGGUUUAGACGUGAGUCGAAGGUAAGCGGCACUCGGGUCAAGCAUGAAAAGCGAAGAGCGAGGCAGUACUGGUUCAGACUGACCGCAUUUCGCUUGAAUUCAGAGAAGUGCAGAGCGAAAUUACUUCUGAAGCACAGAGUGUUUGCACUGACGUCGCUGAAACAGCCCUGUUAGAGCACCAACAUGGGGGGACGCGCACUUUGUGAUGUCACGUUAAUGUUAUCAGUACAUGGCAUGCUGGUUCCUUCGUUAUUCAUGCACGGAGGCCCAAUAACGUUCCAGAGAACCUAUUUUUUGCUGAAAAAACAACUCUGAUGCCUGUUUUUUGUGCUACUUUUUUAAACAAUGAGACACCCUAUGCAAAUACGGAAUUACCGCUGUUUUUGAAAGUGGUUUUUUUGGCUGUUUUAAGCCUUCUAGAAGACCUUCGGCAAAAAAACUGAACAAAAAAACAGCCAAAAAAACUGAACAGCCAAAAAAAACUGAUUAGUCGUCAGGAAAAGAGCCCACUUUCAAAAACAGCGGUAAUUCCGUAUUUGCAUAGGGUGUCUCAUUGUUUAAAAAAAGUAGCACAAAAAGCAGGCAUCAGAGUUGUCUUUUCAGCAAAAAAUAGGUUCUCUGGUAUGUGCAAUAAGGUGAAGAGAGAAGACAGAGGGCCUCGCGUGUAUGAUAAGAAACACGCCAAAAAGUUUGUUGAAUGCUGUCAUAACGCGGUAUACGAAAUCCCCCUCUCAUGCGGUCGCUGCUACAUCGGCCAAACUGGUCGGUGUGUUAAUGACCGCCUCAGGGAACAUCGCAAUCUAAUGCGGGGUUCUGUGGGCAGCCACCUAGCUGCGCACAGCUCCGUAUGCGGCUGUCAUGCAAUGUUCGAUCAAUGUAAGAUACUUCGGCGAUACAGGGAUCAACGAGCACGUGAGAUUUAUGAGGCAUUUUGCAUUGACAAAAAAGGUGAUAUGUGCGUCAGCGUGCCUUCGUUAGCGCUCCUCACCAGGGAAAUUGCCUAUCUGUCUAGUGGAUGAUGGUUUUAUUUUUUUCAGAAGCUUUCAUAGAAUUCGUGAACAAAGUUCCACGUCACUGUUCUCCUCUCCUUCCUUUCAUGUUGCGUGUGCUAUAUAUA